AUGGUNGGACAGGCGAUAGUACAGUCAAAACUUCCUACCACUGAAGAGGAAACAAUUCCAAAAUCAGCAAUCCAUUUUUCUGGACGUGAAUCCGGGUUAGAAGAGGUGAUAAAACAGUCAAAUUCUCCAAUCGCUGAAGAGGAAACAAUUCCUAAAUCACCAACGCACUCUCCCGGACAUGAAGCCAUGUUAGGACAGGUGUUAGGACAGUCAAACCCUCCAAUCGCUGAAGAGGAAACAAUUCCAAAAUCAGCAGCACACUCUCCCGGGCGUGAAGCCGUGUUAGGACAGGCGAUAGUACAUUUACAGCGUCUUAGGCCUCCUAGAUUAGGUGUAAUGAACUUUUUACAUACUCUGCUGAAUCCAAAAUCAACAUCACCUUCUCCUCUAUUUUUAGAGAAGGCAAAAUGUGUGCAUUCCUUCAAAGCAAGGAUGAAAGAUGACAAAAGUGACACGUUGAUAACUGGGCUGGCCAUAUCUAAGCAACACGUGAUUACUGUGCAUGGAAAAAAUUAUGUUAGUAAAGAAGGUAAUAACAAAACAAAAGUAUUCACACAUGCAGGAGAAUUCAAAUUUGACAUAACACUAAAUCAUGCAUUUGAUGUGGCUGUGUCACAGACUGGUCACCUGUUCAUAACAUCACGGGGUGACAAAUGUGUAGAAGUUUACUCCACUAGAGGUCAGCAUGUGACAACCAUGGGUCGCGGUAAACUCGAGGGUCCACGUGGUAUCACAAUCAACAGACAAGGCCAUGUGAUGGUGUGUGACAAAACAAAAGAAUCCGUCUUCACAUUCCAUGCAGAUAGUGGACAUAUCCUGAACAUUAUUCCAUUGAAUGUUCAGCACCCCCUGUACAUAACAGUGAACAGGGUGGAUGAUAAUAUUGUGAUAUCAGACUAUGGCAGUGACUGUGUACGUGUGCUGUCACCUACUGGUGGUCAGCUGUACCAGUAUGGCACACGAGGCAGUGGUGAUGGUCAGAUGUGUGGACCAGGUGGAGUGUGCACUGACAGCUAUGGUCACAUCUUCAUUGCUGACUAUUGGAACCGUAGGGUAGUGGCACUGAGUCCACAAGGACAGUUGAUCAGAUACAUUGCCACUGCCGAGGAUGGGUUGGAGCAUCCCACAGCAUUAGUUGUUAACCCUGCUGGGCAGCUGGUGGUAGCAAGUGGGGGCAAAGUUACGACUUUUCAGUACUUACAAUAA